AUGAAUUUUCUUACCCAAUCUCAGUCUCGAUUACCAUUUACCCCUUUACCUAUUCCACAAGCAACUCAGCGUGAUGAUAAUACAAAUUUUCACUUUGAUGGUUUAAAUGGUUUAAAUUUUAAUUUUACUGAUUGUAAA